GACCACCCAAUUUGGGGGCUGUUCUACUUCUGCCUUCAACGAAGUCUCCCAUCGAGUCCGGUCCAGUGGCGACGAUAGCUUGGGGCGAUGGGCUUGGAUCCGACUUCAUGGCCGAACACGAGGCGUUUGCCAGCGCGACUUGGUGGUCCUCUCUGCCUACCGACCAAACCCACCCAACGACGGGCAUCAAACCGUGUGGUUCCAACACAAGGCCCAUUUCAGCCGCACCCACCGCGACGCUGACCCCAGGGAAGCUUUCAUCAAGGACCUCUCGAUGGCUAUCAACAAAUGGCGCGACGACGGCUGUUCUAUCAUCUUGGGUAUCGAUGCCAAUGAUGACUUAUCCUCCUACUCCCCGACGUCUUUCCGUUUUCGGAUGAGCGAAGUAGGACUGAUUGAGGCGAUCCAGUCUAAGCACCCAGGGUCCCAUCAGGCCACUUACCAGCGAAACCUCCGUGGGUAUCCGAUUGACGGUAUCUUUGCGACGCCUGACGUACCCAUCCUGGCCGCCGGGUACUACCCUUUUGACGAACACGUUGCCUCCGAUCAUCGUGGCCUGUGGAUCGACUUUGACUUGCGCAGUCUCCUCGGCGGACACAAACCUACAAAAUCCACCCGUGUCCCCCGCCGGCUGGUGAUGCAUAACAAACGGGUGGUUCAACGAUACGUCCAAUUGGCGGAGCAGGGUUACAUGCGGUACAAUAUUCCCGGCCGUCUUUCUACCCUGGGAUUCGACGUUGCCCGACGGUUGGCGGAGCAGAACUGCAGGAAGUUGUCGAUGGGCGGGGCGGAAUGGUCUCCGCAAGGCCAAUCCAUUCGGGAUCGGAUCACCUUGUGGCGGCUUCUCCUCAAGGGCCGACGUCAGUGCCGGGUGAGCUCCAGGAAGGUUCGCCGCCUGCUGCUCAAGACAAACGAACCCUUGGCCUGGAAGUUGACCACAGCCGAACUUGAGACUCUCCUCACCCAAGACCUUGGUCGGUAUAGAGAAGCCAAAAGGGGCCUCACUUCUAAAUGGCGGAAGGCCCAUGUCACGACUCGCACCCAGAGCAUUGCUAAAGUCCGUCAUAAAACGGCAAGCUAA